UAAUGGUUUUAUUCUGAAUGUAAGCCCUACUUGGAUGCUACUUAGUAUUUGAUUUCUAGGAGAGUGGAGGUACAGGGGAUAAGUGAAUUUACAGAAAGAGGAGGGUGCAGGGCCAGCCCAGCUCUUCAUGGAACAAGCACAGUUUCAGGGCAGUUUUCUAGGAACUCCAGGUUUUCUCCAUGUAUCUUAUUUUUUAAUACAUAAAAGUAGUCAGCAUUGGAGCGGACUUGACCUCAUUGCCUGCCUUUUUCCUGGAAUAUCAGUUAUUUGCAGUUUGAAGAGUAGAGAAGAGAGCAGUGAAUGAAUUUCACUUGAUUAGCAAUAGCUUGGACACUCGCUGGUCUUGCCUUUCUUCAGCCUCUCCUCCACUUCACCUCUAAAUGCUGCAGUGCUUCAGGAAUUGUCUUAGAACGUCUUCCCUAUCUACGAUCCUUCUCCAAUAUAGAAUUCUCUGCCCUCAGCUCUUAGUAUGUCUAGUUCAUUUGCAUUUUGGGGGUUUCAGCUCAACUGCUACCUCAAUUACGUCUUACUUCCUGAAGAUGAAUCUUGAUGGCCAUGUACAGGAUCCUGAAAAUAAGGAAUAUUCUUCUGUCUGUGUUGGCAGAGAAGAUAACCUUAAAAAAUCUGGAAGAAUGACAGCUGUUGUUCACGAUAGAGAAGUGGUCAUUUUCUACCACAAAGGAGAAUAUCAUGCUAUGGAUAUUCGCUGUUACCACUCAGGAGGACCUUUACAUUUGGGAGAUAUAGAGGAAUUUGAUGGACGACCAUGUAUAGUUUGCCCCUGGCAUAAAUACAAAAUUACUUUGGCAACAGGAGAAGGACUAUACCAGUCUAUAAAUCCUAAAGAUCCAUCAGCAAAACCCAAGUGGUGCUCCAAAGGAAUAAAGCAAAGGAUUCACACAGUGACAGUGGACAAUGGGAAUAUCUACGUGUCUCUUUCUAAUGAACCUUUUAAGUGUGACUCUGAUUUUUAUGCCACUGGAGACUUCAAAGUAAUUCGGAGUUCUUCCUGAUAAAAAUAUGUAGCAAUGAAAAA